AUGCGGACACAGGAUUCGAUCGUCUGGACGAUUGGUAGUGUGAAGUGCUUUUUCCGCUGUUUUUUCGAAAAAAUUGGCAUUAUGGCCGAUAACAGGAUAAUACGUGGAGCUUUUGGCCGAGUUUUUGGUGGUUUACUUACCUUGGAAGCCAUUGAGCGAAUGGACGACUCUUGUAAUUUGUUGGAGAGCGAGACAAGCGACGAAGACUCCUGUGAAUUCGCCUGGGAAGUAACUGUGUGCUACGAAGGACUAAAAAUGUCAGAUGCUCGGCACGAGCAAAGAACUCGAAUGCGCAGAGGUUAACUUGCUACUAAUAUCGAUUUUAAAAUUGCCUUAAAUUCGGACUAAUAAAUAAGGCUCGUGAGUUCACUUGA